UGCUGCGACAACUCCACAAGUCUGUCCCAUUUUUCAACCUGUCCUCCCUUUCCCGAAGACUUACCAGCGACAUGGCAGGAGUCACUACCGAAACCCCUGGCGACAUGGCCUUCCCUGAAUACAACAUGGACCCCGUGACCUUGGCUCGCUUCAUCAUGGAGGAUGAUCGCGAGCGUCGCGAAAAGUAUGGCACCACUCGCACCUCCCUGGCCUUUAUCCUCCAGGCCAUUGGCGUGGCCUCCAAGGUCAUCGCCAAUGCCGUGCAAAAUGCUGGCAUGCAAGGUCUCUACGGUCUUGGCGGUCAAGCCAAUCAAUCGGGUGAAGACCAGAAAAAGCUGGACGUCCUCGCCAACGACGUCUUCAAGAAUGUCCUUCGUAACACCAAAAAGGUGCGCGUAAUGGUAUCGGAAGAACAAGAUGAUGCCAUUGUGAUCGAAGGCCUAGACCACGCCCGCUACUGCGUCGUGUUUGAUCCCCUCGACGGUUCCUCGAACAUUGAAUGCAACGUCUCCGUCGGUACCAUCUUUGGCAUCUAUCACACUGACAACAAGAGCCUGGCCGAAUUGGGUGACUGCUUGCGCCCUGGCCGUGAAAUGGUGGCCGCCGGCUACGUCCUCUACUCCUCUGCCGUCGUCAUGGUACUCAGCACGGGUACCGGCGUUCACAUGUUCAACCUUGACCCGACCUUUGGCGAAUUCAUCGAGACCAAGCGCAACUUCCACAUGCCUGCAGUUCCCAAGCUCAUUUACAGCUGCAACACCGGCAAUGCGGAGAAAUGGGAUGAUGCCACAAAGGCGUACAUGCGCUGGAUCAAGGCCCAACCCAAGACCUACUCGGCCCGCUACGUGGGCUCCAUGGUGUCCGAUGUUCACCGGACCAUCCUGUAUGGCGGCAUCUUCUUCUACCCCGCUGACAAGAAGAACGCCAAGGGCAAGCUGCGCCUGCUCUACGAGUGCUUCCCCAUGGCCUUUUUGGUUGAAGCUGCUGGCGGCAAAGCCAUCGAUGGUCGUCAACGGAUCCUUGACUUGACUCCGACAGAGCUACACGAGCGCAGCCCCAUUUAUCUCGGUACCGCCGACGAGGUUGACCGCGUCCAGGAAUUUUACAAACAGCUGGAUGAGGGCACCCUACCCGCGGCUUCGACCGACGGCCCCCUCAUGGUCUAA